AUGAGACUGCAGAGCCUGCCUCACAGAUAUACCAGUGAGUACACAUUGGAACCGAGCUUCACACGGGUAGGCCCCACAGGGGGAGAGAGAGUGUGUGUGUGUCGGUGUGUGAAUGAGUCAGAGAAACAGAGAUAGCAGAGUGGAGAAGAGAAUUGAAGAGUAGAGGGAGUUUUAUGUGCAGUGAGGCCCAGUUGGUUCUGGUUGUUUGUGUCAGAAAGGAGAGAGAAUAGCCGAGCAGUGCUCAGGAGGGGUAGGCCCCCACAGAGCGAGCUAGAAAAAGAGAGAUUGGAAGAGAGAGAGAGAGAGCAAAAUAUAUACUUUUGUAUGCAGCUCAGGCCCUGCUGUGUGUGUCAGGCAGGCAGCGUGGGUAGCCUCCAUUCUUAAAAUGCUCUCCCGUAGAGUUAAAUGAAAGGGGGAGGGAGAGGAGAGAAAGACAAAAAUAGUGAAGCGUUAAAUGGUCAGGCCCUGAUGCUGGACAGAAGGAGGAGGAGCUAGGAGAGAAAGAGAGUGUGUAUGCAUUUGAUCAUGCGUGUAUGCACUCUCAGUAGUUGCGUGUGUAUCUACAGUAUGUGUAUGUGGGGAAAGGUAUGCAAACAAAGAGGGUGUGUUUGCAGACAAAAGCAGUAAACUUUGGCAGAUACAGUAUCUUUGGAAGGGAUGUGUUUUGUUUUCCCUCUGACAGUAGUCCCUACAACUUGUUACUCUUGCUUAUGUAAAGUAAGUACCUAUUUAUAUACCCUGUCCUCUACUACUCAUCUCUCCCACAGGGUGUCCUUCACUUACCCCCUUACUCACCCUACUCAAACCCACUUCAAUGACAGACCAAGGGGAACCCUGGAGAGGAAGUGGAGGACCUGAGGAGGACGAGCUACCGCAGAUGGAUGGGUCAUGUGAUGCGUGCGAGCCUGACGAGGCCCAGCCGGCGACCCAGGUGUGUCACACCUGCAGCUUCGCCUUCUGCCCUGCCCACGCCGAGAAACACGCCUGCAGCACACGACACCAGCUGACUCCCUAUGGCCAGGACGUGUUGCAGCCCCAGUCCCAACAGCUGGGCAGGGCCAGAGACACAAGGGAGGGGGCGGGGGAGGAAAGGGUACAGGGAAUGAGGCCUGCGGCAGAGCCAGGGGUGGUGGAAAAUGGGGCAUGCGGUGCGGCUGGGUUACAAGAGAACGGGGUGUGUGGAGGAGAGAGAGACCAGGGGGAGGGGAAGGUUGAUGAUGAAGAAGACGAUGGCGAUGAAGAGGCAGUGGUGGCCCUAGAGGGGGUUAGUAAGAGGGACACAGUGACAGUGGAGAGGCUGCGCUGUAAGGAGCACGGCCAGGAGGGCACUCUCUAUUGCAAGGCUGACGAGAAG